UAAUCCAGACCUCGAUCUCUGACUUAUGCAGAAUUGGUUUUAUGGUUUAUCAAUGGUUUAUCAGAUUGUUCAGCGGUUUACCCCUCAGGCCUUCAGACUUCAUCUGAUCAUAUCACGUCAUUCCUUUCCUGAUGGUGAAAGAUCUACUCGCAAUUGUUGCGUUUAUCAGUAGCAAAGCGCUGAAAACACUUCGGGAACAACUCCGAGAUGACGGCCUUUGCGUGUUCAAGGCCCUUGCCCUUGUGCAUAGUGUGGAGAGGAUGGCGAAUCACCGACAGACACUAUGGCGCAUGAAUGGAUAUCUAUUGCGAAGCGGAAGGAAAGAUGCCAAGUUCAUUGCGGGGUUUGAAGCAGAUAAAAAGGCAGAAUCUUGAGAAUUUGAAGGCAAUUCGGCAAAUAUUCACUUCUACAGCAUUCCAAACACGCAGAAUAUCGACCGAUCUUCGACAUGGGCGACGUAAGUAGUGACCUUGACAAUGGCAAGAGGCAGAUUCUGCUGAACGCCUUUGACAUGUCCACCGUAGGCCAUUUAUCGCCUGGCCAAUGGAAGAACCCCAAAGACAAAUCGGCAGCCAAACGCAGGCUUGACUACUGGAUCGAACUGGCAAAGCUUCUUGAGCGAGGCGGCAUCAAUGCCCUGUUCCUAGCAGAUACCUAUGGGGGGUACGAUACUUAUGAGGGAAAGGUGGAUGAAUGUAUCCGACGCGCAGCUCAGUGGCCAGUGACAGACCCUACGAUUCCUAUUUCUGCCAUGGCAGCUGUUACCAAGAAUCUUGCCUUUGGGAUCACCUCUUCGACAUCCUUUGAGCCUCCCUUCUUGCUAGCAAAGCGGUUCUCCACACUGGACCACCUCACCAACGGGCGAAUAGGCUGGAACAUCGUCACUUCGUGGAAGAAGUCGGCCUUCAAGGCGAUCGGACUGGACAGCCCGAUUGAACAUGACGAGCGCUACCUCCAGGCGGAUGAGUAUCUGCGCGUGCUCUACAAACUCUGGGAAGGUUCCUGGGCACCAGACGCUCUUUCACCUGAUCCAGCGACAGACUCAUACGUCGACCCGGAUAAGAUCCGCCAGAUAAACCAUAAAGGCAAGUACUUUUCUCUCAACACACGCCAUAUUGUCGACCCAUCACCACAGCGCACUCCGUUCCUCUUCCAAGCGGGGACCUCACCUGCAGGCUCGGCCUUUGCGGCCACUCAUGCAGAGGCAAUUUUCGUGUCUUCACACUCGCCAAAACUGCUUCGCCCGAAAGUCGACAAGAUCCGUAAUCUGGCUGCAGAGCGAGGUCGGGACCCGCGCUCAAUCAAGGUCUUUGCAACCUUCACCCCCAUAGUCGGAGCGACCGACGAGGAGGCAAGGGCCAAAUACGAGGAGCUGAAACAGUACGCUUCCGUAGUCGGCGGCCUGGUCUUGUUCAGUGGCUGGACCGGCAUUGACAUCUCCAAGAUCCCCAUCGAUCAGGAAAUCACGGCGGCAGACUCCCUAGAAGCGAACAGAAUCACUAGCAUUCUUGACGCCUUUACUACCACGAGCAAGGAAGUUCCUAAAUGGACGCCUCGCGUGGUGGCGGAAAAAGCCGCCUUUGGCGGUCUUGGCCCAGUUGGAAUUGGAAGCCCAGCAACGGUGGCCGACGAGAUGGAGCACUGGAUACACGAAGCAGACAUCGAUGGCUUCAAUCUCGGUUACGUCACCACCCCCGGUACUUUCGAGGAGGUCGUCGACCUCCUGAUCCCUGAGCUCCGUAGACGGGGUCUCUAUCCCGAACCACCGGAAGAGCAACUCACCGCUCGAGAAAAGGUCUAUGGCCAAGGCCAGAAAGAGCUUCGCAAUGACCAUCCGGGCAGCCAGUACAAGUACGACGUCUACCAAGAGGAGGAUCCCUAUGUGGAAGUUGAAUAGAUAGAGUUGGUCGUAUUAUUGACUACAAAGACUCC